CCCCAAGUAUUUUAUCAGACUUUCUCAGCAAACGUCAUAAAGGUUAUAACUUUCAACUCUCUAUAGUAUAAUGAAUGUGAAAGAUGAGAUUUUGUACUAUAUAGCGGGCAAAAGAGGCGAGGAGGUCAUAAUGGCGACAACCCAACAUUUUAGGAAGAGCGGAAAAAGAAGAGGAUCUCCGGGUAAAUGCAGUGAUUUGUCUCUUUUUCAAAUCUGUGGGCCAAACAAUGGCCAUGACUUUUGGAUGAAGACGCCAAAUGCUAAUGACAUUGACUGGCUUGUUGAAGGCAGGGAAUGGCCUCCACCACAUGUUCUUCAGGGCUUCUAUCUUCAAAAGAUAAGCCUAUUAUUGUAUUCUUCCAUGUCUGCUGCUGCAAAGGUGGAACUCUGUGAUUUGUCAACCCUCUAUUUCAAGGAGACCUGCCGGAAAAGAUAUUCAUGGAGUAAACUGAAGACAAUGGCGACGGAUUGAAGAGGGAAGAGGGUAGCGACCAAGAGAUGGAAGAAAAUUUAAUUUGUUCGUUAUGAGAUAUAUAUUGACCGAUUCUCUCACCAUUUUCAAU